AGUAGUAAAGGAUGGUUAAAAGUUGGAAGAAAGCGAGCUGUAAUUGUUAGAGACCAGAACUAGGGGUUACAUUCUGAAACAGCGUAUUUUCUGAAUAGACAAAUAUUAGUACAGACUUGCAUGACUACUCCUCCUUGGGAUUUAAAUAGAUUCGCUAGCCACUUUUAGUAGAAAAUAAAGUAAACGCAGCACUGCGACAGCUAGUGACUAGAUUGUAUUCCCUUUUUUAUUUGAACCACGUAACGCGUUUUAAAUGCAACGCUGUUUGAUAUAUGAGAAAACUAUGGCAGCCGAGACGAGGAACGGCGGGAGUUCACUGAACAACAAUAACUGCAAAGACCACAGCAGGAGGAAGCUGCUGGUCGGAGUGGACCUCUUCUGUUUGUUCCUAGCCGGCCUGCCUUUCUUGGUCAUUGAGACCAGCGCUGUUCAGCCCUACCGUAGAGGGUUUUACUGCGAUGAUGAGUCCAUCAAGUACCCGGCCAAAAAGGGAGACACCAUUAGCGACGGUGUGCUUAGCGCUGCUGGCAUUCUUAUCACCAUCCUCUCUAUCAUCAUUGGGGAGAGCUACAGGAUCUACUUUCUGAAUGAGGGAUCCAAGUCUUUUGUGGGGAACCCCUACAUUUCUGCUCUGUACAAGCAGGUGGGCGUGUUCAUCUUCGGCUGUGCCAUCAGCCAGUCCUUCACUGACAUCGCCAAAGUUUCAGUGGGCCGCAUGCGCCCUCACUUCCUCGAUGUGUGCAAACCGGACUUCUCCACUAUCAACUGCUCCCUGGGCUACAUCACUGACUACCAGUGCCAGGGGCCAGAGAGCAAAGUUCAGGAGGCCAGGAAGUCUUUCUUCUCAGGACAUGCAUCAUUCUCCAUGUACACCAUGCUUUACCUGGUGUUUUACCUGCAGUCUCGUUUCACUUGGCAUGGAGCUCGCCUGCUGCGCCCUCUGACCCAGUUCACCCUCAUCAUGAUGUCUUUCUACACCGGCCUGUCCCGUGUCUCUGAUCACAAGCACCACCCCACUGAUGUGCUGGCGGGUUUUGUGCAGGGAGCCCUGGUGGCCUACUGCAUUGUAUUCUUUGUGUCUGAUUUGUUCAAGCCCAAAGGUAGACGCUCUACCCUUUCGCCAACCCCAGUGAAGAAAGAUCUUGUUCCUCCAGCAGACAUCAGAGAGCGGAGCAACCAUCUCAUCAUGGCAUAGAGAAGACUGCAAACUGAAUGUACAUAACCCUGACCUGUGCCAUCUGAAUCACUACUACAGCCACUGGCCAAUACUGGAUGAAAUAAACUCCAACAAUCUGGAUAAUGCAGACAAAUAUGAAAUCUUGAACAUCUCAGAGGAUGAGAAGAGGCAGUGGAAAACAGUCAAGCAAGUUUUGCUUUCUCAACGGAAAGUCAUGUUUUUCCUCAGUCUCACCAGACAUUUUAAUGUGGAAAAGAGAGAGGACCAGGGUUAUUUGUUCCUCUUCUGUUAUGAAGAUUAUUGGAGAUCCGCCUCUGGCAAGGCCUUUACAUGGACAAAAGUCUGAAAUCAAACAAAACCGAGUAACUUGCAGUUGUAAACAAAGCUGUGUGUGGCUUCUGUGCCUUUCUCCCCUAAGCUGCAUCCAGCAACGGGAGCUGUGCUAAUAAUCCCGCCACUCACUCACUGUGUGACUAGUACAAACGACAAAAAAACAAAUUCCUUGAUUCCAAAAAGGAUGUUGUUUUUGUUUGGUUUUAUUACAAACAUAAGCAUUUUAUGUGUGAUUUAGAGCACUAUUUUAGCUAAACUCCAUACUGUUUGUCACCACUUGAAUGACCUGAAGUGAAGCUUUUGGAAAGCUUUGUAAGCGUUUAUUAUGUCCAUAAUGUAGUGUUUCUUAUAAUGUGCACAUAAGUUACAGUAGGUGGAAAGU